UCUGGAUCUUUCAGAAGGAAACAAGUCAACAGAGCCUGUGGGGAUUAGAGAAACACGAACAGAAUGGAUUUCGAUCUGUCAUCAGCUGCAGAUAAAGACGAGGAGGUGAAGAAGGACGAGGCCCAAAAGGACGAGCUCAGCUUGCCUUGGAGCAAAAACAAGAAUAAAGAUAAGGACAAGAAGGGUGACAGCAAAGACAAGUCUGACAGCAAAGACAAAUCCAAGGACAAAGACAAAUCCAAGGAUAAAGACAAAGACAAAUCAAAGGACAAAGAUGGCCAUGGAGACAAGAAGAAGAAGAAGGAGAAGAAGGGAAAGGAAGGAAAACAUGGACACUCUUCAUCCAGCAGUGAUGAGAACUGAUGCGUCCUGAUGAGCCCGAAUGCUCCGAUCAUCGCUCCAGUCCUGUUUGCUGAUCUGUUUUUGUUUUGCCAACUUGAACAUUUUGUUUAAAUAAUAAAAUAAAAGUGGAAUCUAAGAAGUAAAGGUUAUGAUAAAACAUUUAUAUCCCGUCUCUUUGAGUCUCUGUCUGCUCUCACCACAAGAUGGCAGCGCCUCCCAUUAGUUCAGAUCACGGAGGCAGAAAAAAAAACCAUUCUCAGGAUUUUUCAUGAAUUGUUUUUGGUGUAGUAUUGUAAAAUAUGAAAAAGGAGCAAAAAAAAAAAAAAAGCUUUAUAUAUUCAGAAAGACAAAGGGCAUGGAAAUUAGACACGUCAAUAACUUUAACUUUAAUUCAGCUGCUGCACUUUUACCUGGACUGGUCAGUAAAAGUAAGACAGGGUGAUUAAACUAAGAAACAAAAUGUCCUGAAAUGUGAGUUUUCAUUCCCAUAUUUUGUAAAGUAAGGAUAUGAUGUCAAAUGUCAUGGGGUACAACUGUAGCAGCACAUCAAAGAUAAAAAGGCUGGAAGGUUUCAAAAGCU